AUGUCGCUUCCCCCUGAAUUUUGGGCUCUUGCUGAGGCUAGCAACUCUCUUACUGUAGACGACAGAAUUGUAUAUAUCGUAGAAACCACACAAUUUUGUGUGUUUUUGCUCACAAUGUCCAUUUAUUUGAUAAUUGUUUGGGCGUUGAUAGAAGCGCAAAAUAAGAAAAUCGAUGAGCUAAACAGCCCAUUUUUCAAAUUAUGCCUGUCUACAGCAGGUGUUGAUAUAUGUGAGUUGAAGCUUUUUAAUUUUUUUACCCUCCUAACCAAUUAUCUCGGCGCAAUGUUUCCCAAAUGGGGAUGGUUCCCAACUGUGUAUCUAUUUCUUGGUAACCCAUAUGGAAAAAUUUAUUUAUACUUUGCGUGGUGUACAGGUUCAGGCGUUUGCCAAGCUAUGGGAGUGUCAGUUUUGGCUUCUAAUCGAUUAUCAGUAAUGUUAUUUCCCACAAGCUUUCAUAAGGUACAGAUGUGGAUGGGAUACCGGCUCUGGAUAGCUAUCGCAAUACAGUAUCUCACAGGACUGCUUAUUGGUUUAGCAACAUUUUUAAACCCAGUAGAACUAUUUCGAAAUAAAAACAAUGGGAUUUCCCAAAUUUUCAGCAAACCCAUGACAAACACAUUUUUCGCAAUUGGUGGUGUGUUUUUGUUAAUCAACUCUAUUUAUUUACUUUGUACCUAUUGUUAUCUGUUUUGGGUUCUACGUAAGAGGCAAAAGAUGCCCCCAACUACCAUGGUAAUUAGAUCCCGAACCAAAGAGAGAGCCAAGAUGAGAGAGACUCGUCUAUUCACAAUGAGCACUAUCAUUGUUGGAGUCCAGCUGUGUAUUUUGACGCUUUUCAUUUUUAAAGGCGCAGACAUUUUGGCAUUCACUACUGAUCAGUUUUAUUUGGUUUAUAAUGCAGUCCGACCUCUAUGCAAGCAUCAAUCCAUAUCUUCUCUGGGUUUUCUCAGACUCUCUUCGGAAAUAUAUACUUCAAAGACUGGGAUUUGUGAAGAAAACGAAAAAUAUCACAUCUGUAACACCGAUGUUUGUAUUAUAAUUUUUCAAACAAAUAAAUCAAAAACAUUUGAAAAUUACUGGUUAUAA